AUGGACCUAACAGAUGAGACAAAAGUCAUAGACGGUACACACCUUUUUUUUAGAACACAUUUCCGUGCAGAACUCUUUAGGAAGGUUCGCUUCGACGAGAUCCUCGAGGACCUCAAGGUGCUCGGGGUCGAUGUGCGCGAGCAGACCCUCAAGAAUCCUACCACGGAGGAGGCGUUAGGGCUGUAUGGACUCGCAAUACAGGUCAUAUUUGGGAAGACGCGCACCGACAUACGCCCGGAGGAUGUCUACUCGCAAAUCCAUGUCUACAGCUCCGGUGUAGAGGGCCUGGAGAUCACCAGCGACAACCUGGAAUUUCUCAAACGCGGAGUUGGGAACCUGCGCUUCUGGCGAUUCUGCCAGAAACUACACCAGGCGCUGGGACUGCCGGACAUCGAACGAUAUGAAUUGUUCAAUCCGACGCCAGAAUCCUUCCACCGGUUCAUAUCGGCGUUUGUGGUCUACCUGAGGUUUAGAGAUGCCUUGAAGAGCUUGUUCGAGGACGCCAUCGCGCGCCUGAACUUUUGCGCGGAGCAGGAGGAGCAACUGGAGGACAACAUCGGCAAGGUGCAGCAGGAGCUACAGAACUUCAAGAGGCUGAAGGAAGAAAAUGCGAACGAUAUAGUUAGCAGUGUAGGUGAUAGGGAGCAGUUGGAGGGUCGGCUGUUGCAGGCGAAAGGCGUUUUCAACGAACACAAGGAAGAAAAGGCGAAGGUUGAUGCGGAGAUCGAACGCGUUAAGCAGACCAUAAACGACGUGCAGCUGAAGAAAACUAAGGCUAGACAUCGCAAUGAAAUGCUCUGUGAGCAGAUAGUGUCGGAGCCGGACUCCCUCUACAGCCAGAAAGAUGAACUGGAAGCUCAAGAAGUAGUGCAGAACGCGACCUUGAAGAACCUCACCGAAGAGUUUGAUGAGACCCAACGACGCUUUAAACUCCUAGAAGAUUGCGGUCAAUUCGUCGAAGAUGUCAAGACAAAGAUGACACAGCACCUUGACGAGGUCCUCAAGCCGCUCGUCGAAAACCUCAGCGCCGCCAGGACCUUGAAGGCCAGGAACGAAACUCUGCAGGAGCAAAUAAAUCGCCAAAAGGAGCAGCGCGACAAUGCCCGAGCUGAGUUCGCCGCAAAGCGUCAACUCUACGAGGAGAAGAUACGACUACUACAGGAAGCAGCAGACAAUGAGCUUAAGGCUGCGCGCAAGUUCUCCGAGGAUACGCGUGACGAGGUUCGGAAAAUGCAACAGACAAUAUCGCAGGAAAAGGUGAAGGUGGAUUCCUUGAAGCGUGAAUUUGAGGUACGCGAGGAGAAAGUCACUGCAGUUUUUAGCGUGGCUGAAGCCAGCUGGAGGAAGGUGACGUAUGCCGCAGAGUCUUACGCACGAUGCAUGGAUGAAAUCAUGGAUAAGGUAGAAAAGGUCGUAAAGGAAGAAUGA